UCACUGAUCAGCCUUUUCACAGCUUGCCUUGGGAGCUUGCAACAGCUAAGGCCUUUUCAUCUCGAGUCCCUGCUUUUCAAGGGGUGGGAAAAAAAACCUGUAAAAAUGGAUCCAUCCAAGGAACUGAAAGAGGAACUUCGACUUUACCAAUCAACUCUUCUUCAAGAUGGGUUAAAAGAACUUCUUGAUGAAAGUAAAUUUGUUGACUGUUUCCUGAAAGCUGGUGACAAAAAUCUCCCGUGUCACAAGUUGAUUCUAGCAGCUUGCAGUCCGUAUUUCCGGGAGUUCUUUUUAUCUGAAGAAAGUGAGGAGAAGAAAAAAAAUGUGGAAUUAGAUAACGUAGAUCCGAAUGUCUUGGAGUCCAUCCUUAAAUACCUAUACUCGGCUGAUAUUGAACUUAACGAUGGCAAUGUGCAGGAUAUUUUUGCUUUGGCCAGUCGCUUUCAGAUCCCAUCAGUGUUCACCGUGUGCGUCACUUAUCUUCAGAGGAGACUCUCUCCUGCUAAUUGUCUGGCUAUCUUCCGAUUGGGUCUUCUCCUGGACUGCCCCAGACUUGCCAUAACUGCUCGUGACUAUGUUUCUGAUCGCUUUGAACAAAUAUGCAAAGAAGAUGAUUUUCUGCAGCUCGCGCCACACGAGCUAAUUGCUGUAAUAUCCAGCGAUGCCUUAAAUGUGGAGAAGGAAGAAGUUGUAUUCGAGGCAGUCAUGAAAUGGGCAAGGACAGACAAGGAGAACAAAGUGAAGACUCUAAAUGAUGUGUUCGACUGCAUUCGCUUUAGACUGAUGCCAGAAAAAUAUUUUAAAGAACAUGUAGAAAAAGAUGACCUUAUUAAAGGUAAUCCAGAUAUAGUUAAAAAAGUAAAGAUUAUUAAGGAUGCUUUUGCUGGCAAGCUCCCUGAUAUUUCCAAAGACAAAGAAAAUUCAAAAAAUGCAGCAGAAGACGGUGAUGUAGGGGAUGAAGAUCUUCUUCCCGGAUAUCUCAAUGACAUUCCCAGGCACGGCAUGUUUGUCAAAAAUAUGGUUCUCAUGAUUAGUGACACGGCUACAGUGGCCUAUGAUCCUGUCGAUAACGAAUGCUAUCUGGUAGCAUUGUCUGAGCUGAUUCCAAGAAACCAUUCCAGCAUUGUCACCAAGUCUAAUCAAGUCUAUGUCAUCGGUGGCUUGUAUGUGGAUGAGGAAAGCAAAGAACAACCACUACAGUCAUAUUUCUUUCAGUUAGAUACCAUUGCUGGUGAAUGGGUUGGACUUCCACCACUGCCAUCUGCCAGAUGUCUCUUUGGUCUGGGUGAGGCCGACAACUGUGUUUAUGCCAUUGCUGGCAAAGACCUUCAGUCUGAAGAGUCACUGGAUUCUGUAUUCUGUUAUGAUUCCAAAGCAGUGGCUUGGAAAGAAGGAAAAAAGUUGCCCAUUAAGGUCUAUGGGCAUUCUGUAGUGUCACACAAUGGAUUGAUUUAUGCUCUUGGUGGAAAAACUGAUGACAAGAAAUGUACUGGAAGAAUGUUUGUUUUCAAUUCAAAGAAAGGAGAUUGGAAAGAUCUUCCCCCCAUGAGGACAGCACGCUCAAUGUUCGGGGCUGCUGUACACAACGGCAAGAUCUUUGUUGUUGGAGGUGUCACAGAAGAUGGUCUAACUGCAUCAGUUGAAGCCUUUGAUAUUGCAAGUAAUAAGUGGGAGCCAGUUGCUGAAUUCCCCCAGGAGAGAAGUUCUAUUAACAUGACCAGUGUGGCCGGAUCAUUAUAUGCUAUAGGAGGCUUUGUCAUGGUGCAGUUGGAAUCCCAAGAGUUUGCACCUUCUGAGGUCACAGAUGUUUGGAAGUUUGAAGAUGACAAGAAAGAAUGGGGUGGAAUGCUGAAAGAGAUCCGCUAUGCUUCCGGAGCCACUUGCCUUGAGACAAAUCUCAAUCUUUUUAAACUUACAAAAUUAUAAUAGCAGAUCAGAUCUUAAAGUUUACAUAAAAACCCACAAAACAAGUAUACUAUACUGUUUGUUCAUUUUUUUUUCUUUUCGUUUUGUUGCUACUACUUGUCUAAAACUAAAAGUUGUACAGAAAUUUAUAGUGAAAAGAAUAAAGGAUUUGAAUAACUACACCACUCAUUACUUGCAAGUGGCAAUCUUUACGUUUCCAAGAACUGGCAUCACAUGAUCGAUUUGCAUUUUUUAACAUAUAAGAACGAACAAACAAUGCAAUCCCAAACAUGGCAUUUUUCACCUUUAAUUUAAACCCAAGCAGGACUCUGACCUUGCAAAAAGGCAUGGAAAAAUGUUAGGCUAAACGCUGUGUUAAGGGAAGGCAUGGACUCUGGGACUAUACACCGUUUCCUUCAAAAAUGCCAUCUAAUGUGUAGAGAAUGGACAUGGGUCAGUACUGUAAUUUGGUUAUUUAGUUCAUCAAGAUAUAAUUUGGAGUUUAAAUUUUUCGUUAAAUGUCAGGAGUCUUUACACGUAAGGUUAGACUGUGUCCUGUAAUUGACUUUUAUUCCAUUGACUUCUGUGAUGUCAUAAGAAAUAAGCUUAUCUGCAGGUCUCAUCUGCAUCUGGUCAUUGGGGUUUAUUCACUCAACGCUACUCUUCCCCAGCCUUCUCCGACCACCAGCAGUGCCUAAAUAACUCGUUCCACUUUUCACAGGUUUCUUUAACACCUGCCCCAGUAUCCUUGACUCCUGGUUCUUCAAUAAAUAAAGAUAUGCCAUAAACCUUGA